AUGGCUGUCCCUCAACCAACCUAUGAUGUUGCCAUCGUUGGCGCGGGUAUCGUUGGCUCGGCCCUAGCCUACUUCCUAUCCACCUCGGAAGAUGGCAAGAAGGUGGUUCUGAUUGAUCGCUCUUUCGGACCCUUGAAAGGGUCAACGGGGUAUGCACCCGGAUUUGUUGGCCAAUACAACGAGUCCAACGUCCUCACCCAACUUGCCAUCGACACCGUCAACGAAUACACCAAAAUUCCUGGCGGCAUCGAUAUUGUGGGAGGUCUCGAAAUUGCCACAAGUCAAAACGGCGUGAAUAGGUUGAGAACCAGAUGUGCGAAGGCUCGGGAGGCUGGCCUGGCUGCGAAAAUGAUUUCGUCAGAAGAAGCAGUCAACCUGGCCCCGAAUCUAGUCAAGGGAGGCAACGAGGCCGCGCUCCAUUUCGCAGGAGACGGAGCAGCAAAUGCUAUUGGGAUUACUGCCUUCUACCAAAAGGAAGCCCAGGCAAAUGGCGUCCAACUACUUCAAGCAGAUACUUCUGGAUGGCCGCGUGCAGGGAGUUAUGACUUCCUCCGGCUUUGUUGCGAAUCCCAUGAGCCGAGCCCACACAAGGCCCCUUGGGUGAGAUGGCCGGAAUACCAUGUCUAUGCGCGCGACCAUGGUACCUUCUACGGCCUGGGCUCCUAUAACCAUCAGCCAAUCUCUCAAGAGCCGAAAGAUAGUGCCCAUGGAGGCUGGAUUGACCAAUUUGACCCAACUUUGGAUGAAGCGAUGAAGUUCAUACCGGAGAAAACAGGACUGGCUCCUGCCAAGAAGUUCAACGGUAUCUUCUCCAUGACACCCGACAACAUGCCACUGGUCGGAAGUGUUCCUUCAACAACGGGCCUUUAUAUGGCAGCGGCAGUGUGGGUUACGCAUGCAGCCGGCUCGGCCAAGUUCUUGGCUAAACUCAUGAAGGAAGAGAAUGUCGACGAGAAUAUUAGGACGGCGCUAGAUCCAAACAGAUUUCGAGGACAGGAUAUAGUUCAGUUGCGACAGGAAUCGCUGGAUGGAUACAACAGUAUCUACAAGACCCAGGAGAAUUUGCAGCAAUAG